UUCGAACAGCACUGUUCAAGUCAAAUCUAUUCCUGACGAUAUCAGUAAAUCAUGUCAUGAUCUUUCUGCUCAGCCAAAAUUGACAACUUAUCCAAACAAUGCGGAUAAACGUUCAUUUCAAUCAAAUUGGUACAAAGAAAGACCCUGGUUGGAAUAUUCUAUAAAAAACAACAUGUGUUUUUGUUAUUAUUGUCGUCACUUUUCUUCCAAUCGAUCGAUUAAUUAUGAUGCUUUUACCACAACUGGAUUCAACAAUUGGAAAAGAUCUUUAGAAACUAAUGGUGGUUUAUUAAAACAUUCUCAAUCACAAUUACAUAUAACUUCAACUAAAAAUUACGAAUCAUAUGUUUUGCGACAACGAAAUAACUCAAAUGUUAUUAACCAAUUAGAUGCUGGUCGAGUUAUUCAUAUUCGUAAAAAUCGAGAUCGUCUUAUAAAAAUAUGUUCCACGUUACAUUUUUUAUCACGUCAAAUGAUUAGUUUUAGAGGUCACAGAGAAAACUCACAAAGUUCAAAUCAAGGUAAUUUUAUGGAACUUCUUCGUUGGUCAGCAACAAGUGAUCCUGUAGUCAAAUCAGUCUUAGAAGAUUCUGCAGGUAAUGCUAGUUAUUUGAGUCAUGAUAUACAAAAUGAAUUAAUCCAUAUUAUGGCUAAUCAAGUGCGUGAAAAAAUUUCAUCUAUGCUUCACAAUCAUAAUUACACAUUAAUGGCUGAUGAAACUCGUGACAUAAGUGGCACUGAACAACUAUCUAUUGUAAUUCGAUUUGUUCAUGAUCAAGAUUCUGAUAUGAAUGACUAUUCAAAUAUAGUAAAGGAUUAUUUUCUUGGUUUUCUUCCAUUACAAGAAUUUGAUGCAUCAGCAUUAGCAAUCAAGAUUGUU